UAAACUCUGUCAUUUAUAAUCACAUGGCUGAAUUCACAGAAAAUUUGCAAAGCAUUAGACCUUGCUCUUUUCCAUUCUUAGAUAUUGAUCCAAGCAUGGAACUCCUUAACCAAUUCAUAGGCAUCAACCAACAUGUUCUAGACAACUCAAACUCGAAUAUGCAUAACUUGAUGGCUUUCUCCUGUGACAGCUUCUUGGGCCCUCAACAAGAACCUGGGUUUCCAGCAAACUUGGAAGAAAAUUUUCCUGGUCUUGUCCAUCAUGUCAAUCACAACAAUACUGUUCCUGUUUCCCUCCCUAUUUUCCCUUCACAAAAUGAGAUCCAUGAAGGUAAAAAGAGGAAAACAACCGAUACUCUUGAGACAAGUUCAGCAAACUCUACUCCUGCAGUUUCUGAGAGUGGAAGCAAGAUCAAACAUAUUUCUGGAAGAGGGAAGAGGGCAAAAAGCAAUGUAACAGAAGAAGAAAAAGUAAAGGAAGUGGUUCAUGUUAGAGCCAGAAGAGGUCAAGCCACUGAUAGUCACAGUUUAGCAGAAAGGGUUAGAAGAGGGAAAAUCAAUGAAAAAUUAAGGUGCUUACAGAAUAUUGUUCCAGGGUGUUACAAGACCAUGGGCAUGGCAGUAAUGUUGGAUGAGAUCAUAAACUAUGUCCAAUCUUUGCAGCAUCAAGUAGAGUUCCUUUCUUUGAAGCUCACUGCAGCAAGUACCUUUUAUGACUUCAAUUCCGAAGCAGAUGCUUUAGAAACAAUGCAGAGAGCAAAGGCAUCCGAGGCAAAAGAGUUAGCCAAGUAUAAGAAAGAAGGAUAUGGAGGAGUUUCUUGUUUUCAAUCAAAUUGGUCCCUUUGACUUUAGUUUUGGAUGUUUUAACUCAGCAGCCACACAAGACAUGAAAAUGAAAACACUUCAUCUAUGGUCCUUAAUUUACUUUCUACAAGUUUAAAAGAUCAAUUUGUU